AUGUCACAGCACCCGCCCUCCGGUGCCAUGCCUUCUGGCAUGGAAAAACAGCCAAUUUCUCUUCUCGAAAAAAUAUGUGGCUACCUGAAAGAACCGUCACUCACGCGAGAGAACCUCCACAACCGCGUUCCACUCAAGAAUCGUUUCGACAGGACGAAACCCGAGGAGACCAACAUUUACGUCGAGAAGAAGAACGUGUACUGGCUAGAAAUACUUCACAUGUGCAGAAAGCUGAGAGCGGACAUAAAUGGCCUCCGGGACAAAGCAGUGUUGGACGUCAUGUUUGUCCCGAAUGUUGGGCUGUUCCCAACAUGGAUAGUCCCUCCACGGUCCGGGAAACCACAACCACUGCGAAUCGUUGUUCGAAUUGCUCGUUUCGAGGACAAUCUGUUCCCUUCCGAAUGGGUCAAGGCCGCCCUGCACAAACCGGUCCAAGGCGAUGAGAAGGGUCUGCAUAGAACUCUUUGGUCUCUCUUUACAGUCUUCACCAUUUUCAUCGCAGGUCGGUUGAGGUUCCUUCGUCACCCCAGCCGUGAAAACUGCAACUUUGUCCGCGCCGUCUAUCGCGAGGAGCCAGCAUAUCGGCUUUCAGAGGUGCACAUAAAAUUUGAAGAGGUGGACUACUAUCCCGCGAGCGGCAAGGUUGUUGUACAAGAAAUCGAAAAGCAGCAUGUUGAAUGGAACCAAAUGCGCAUGCGCGAAGAUGCUUCAACUUUCGGCUCUGAUGAGAAGCAGCAUGUUGCUAGGAACCCAAUGCAGAUAUGCGAAGAUGCUACCCCUUUCGGCAGAGCCAUCUUUGAGAAGCCCUUGAAACGGGAGAGCUCGGCAUCAGAGAGCAGGGCAGGGCCUGUGGCGCCUACCAGAGGACCGCACAGUACGUACAGCUACCAGCUGGCGACCGAAGUCUUCGAAGUCUACUUCGACUUCUUGUGCAAUCAACUCACGUACUGCGACGAGUACAGCAACACGGCGACGACUUAUAUGUCAAAAGUCUUUGUCUCGCACCCACAAAUAACCCCCGUCGUUAAAAAUGGCUACCUGGACGACGAUCGUCUCGGGCGCAAGAGAGUUGUGCACAAUUCGUCCACCUUCAGAGGCAGAGAAGACAGUACGGGUGUGGAGGAAAGGUUGUACUGGUGCAGACACUUGAAGUAUAGGAGAGACGACAAACCGGACCCCUCGGAUGGCGAGGAACUGGGCGACAACGGCAGGGCGGAGUUUUAUAGGGGUCUCAGAAGAGACAACCGUCGACGGAAGAAAAGACACGAUGAUGCCAAGGAUGCCGAGGCUGACGAUAAUCAGAGGGUAGCCAAGCGCAUGAAAGAACUGACCUUGGACGAUAGGGACUACGCCUCACGCACCUCCAACCAGUCGAUGGCAAUGGCGGCGAGGCUGACAAACUACCCCUUAUGA